AUGGCUAAAAAUAAACCGAAGAAAUCUCCAUCGACGACCAAUAAUUCAUCACGACGCUUUUACUUUUGGCGGAAAGUACUCUCACUAUCCGAUCUCAAUUUACCUCGUCAGCACAAGAUAGCGAUUGAUAUCCUGCGUACAUUGAGUUUUAUACCCUCUUUUAUUGGAUUUGUAUAUAAUAGUAAGGAAGCUUUACGAGUACCUUUCCGUGAUGCCGGUGGAGCUAUUAUAUUGCAAAGUUCACAAUUGGAUUACGUCGUGGCAAGUAUAUGGUGCGCUUUAGCAGGUUAUUGGAACUGGAUUCUCACUACUAGUAUGAUGCGUCGUUGGAUAUUCCGAUAUGAAAUGAGUAGUGCUAUCGUUCGCUUGAUCACAUUCAUUGUCAUCACAUGGACUAUUUCUGCCUAUGUCAAUUCACUUAACGGGCCAGAUCAACCUAUUCGCACUUGGAUGAUCAAUUGUUUCAUCCUGCUCAUUACUGAUAUCAUACGACUGUCUAUUAUAUCUUACUAUCGACGAUUAAAGAAGUUGAAAGACCCCAGUAUUUAUUUGAAAUUAUCUGUCAUGCGGAUUAUACUAUACCCAUUAUCAGCUGCAACGUGUUUAUCGGUUUUUACUGUAUUAUACCAAUUGGAUAAACUGCAGUAUAGAACGAGUCAACUCAUGGACAAUUCAGCCACAUUUCUGAAUAAUCAAUUAGAUUUCACAAGAGUUUCAACAUUAGCAACUAUGAAUGUGCUCGUAUUGAUCAUUUCCUCUUGGUCGACUGAAUCUCUACAAAGACGUAAUAUGCUGAGGAAAACCAGUUUGAAGCUACUUUCUCGAUCUCUCGCCUCCAGUACCACAAAGAAUCGAAUCAAUAUACAUUAUCGAUUCAUCAUUGGAAAAGUGCCUUCUGCAAAAGACCAAUUAGUCAAAUCAGAAUCCAUCUUGGAGGAAUCAGAAAUGUACGAAGAUCUUUUAAUGGUUUCCUCCUCUGAUUUGAAAGCCGAUAAAAGUAGAAAAGUUUUUGAAGCGUUCAAUUGGGUAGCCUCUACACAAGAGCAGCAACGAGUGAAAUUUGAUUAUGUGAUAAAGACAGAAGAUGAUGUGUUUGUCAGAUGGGACCAAAUGAUAGACGAUCUAUUAAAUAUCGAAAGCAAAGAAAACAAUACCCAUGACUAUUACUGGAAAGGAUUAAAUUUCAGAAAUAUACCUAUACAAUACAUGGCCAACACGAAAGAAUUACAGAUCAAUUAUGGAUUACCCAUCUUUCCUAUCUAUGCCCAUAGUGUAUUCUAUCUUAUAUCAAACUCUAUCCUAGAGCUCAUUGUAACACAACACCAACAUAAACAACAUCGUCGGUUUAUUCAAGAUGAUGGGCAGAAUCUAGCUAUUUGGUUGUCGUUUGGUUUCAAUUUACCGCCACCUCUGCACGACAGACGGAUACAAGAAAGUGAACAUGUUUGUGAAAACGAUUUGAUUGCGAAAAGGGUACGCCAAAUAAGCGACAUGAAGCUUAUGUAUGAUAAUAUUAUUGUAAGGCAUAUACCACAAUGUACAGAUGUUGAAGUAUCUGAAUGCGCCGUCUGUUAUCCUUGUCAUGAUAUUCAAAAAAUUACUUGGAAGACUUUAAACUUAGCAUGCGAUGCCCAGAAAGGCAUUACUCUAAAACCCAUGGCAGGUUUCAACGAUCUUGCAGGGAGAAACAAAGGUGGUUAG